AUGGAGAGCCUCCAGCUGGCGCAGAUGCUCGCCGAUCUGAGCAGCCUCAAAGCGGCGGAACCCAAUGCGGCAGCAGCCCUCGUCACAGCGAACAAGGCCAUCGAGACCGUCGAGAGGGCCGGCACCAACCCCGCCGGCGCCGGACAGGCUAAGCGGCCUACCGAUGAACUCCGCCGCGCACACAGCUCGCAGACCACGCGGCCGGGCACAGGCAACGUCUCUCCCGGCCGCAUCGACAAGUUCGGCCGUCGUAUCAUGAUGAGCCCGCCCGUCUUGUCACGCUCCAACUCGGCCCAGGGCUCUUCCAUCCCGGGCACCCCAAAGAGAGAAUCAGAGGGCGAAGACGAUCUGGACCGGGCAUCGACGCUGAUGGCGCUGUACGAGAUCCGCGCAAAGCUGAAGCAACAGGACAACAGCAGCCUCAUGAAAGCGCGCGAGAAGAUUGCCGACCUGGCCGCGCGGCAGCAACAGCAACAGACGGCUCCGGCCAAGAAGGAACCCGAGAAGGUAACCUCCCGGUUCACGUUUCCCAAGUAA